GUUGUUAAUUUAUCACAUAGGACAUUAAGCGAGGCGGAGAAUGCACUUCUCUCUAAGGGUUUAUCGUUCUGCCCUACCCCGGCCGAAAUUGAUGUAUAUACUCUGAGGAAGGAUGUGUUAAACUACGUAAGAAGGAUCCGUUUGAAAGAAUAUUUCUACAGUGACGAGGAAAGCGAUGGGGAUUUCUCCGAGAUUCCGGCGUUUAGAAAAAAAUCUUGCUGGUGUCCGGACAAGAAUAGAGAUCUCUUUCUUGAAGCGUACGCGAGUGCGCUCGAGGAGAAGAUCUUCCGGGAAUCCAACCUAAAGGAGAAGUGCCACCGGAACCUCACCAAAGAAGAACAAAAAGCUCUCGAGGAUUUAAGGAGUUAUGAUGACAUCGUUAUCAAGCAGGCAGAUAAGGGAUCAGCCGUGGUUGUUAUGGAUAAGGAACGGUACGUCGCAGAGGCUAUGAGACAAUUGGGUGAUAGUGCAGUAUAUGUUUCUUUGGAGUCGGACCCCACCGGGCUUAUGAUCGAGAAGAUUAACGAGAGGUUGAACAAAGCGUAUGGUGAUGGAUCCAUAAGUGACAGAACUUUGGAGUAUUUACUUGUUAAUGGCGGGGCGAGGGCGGGACGGUUUUACCUUCUGCCUAAAUUACAUAAGAGAGGUUGUCCAGGUAGACCAGUUAUCUCUGGAUGUAAUACGCCAACGGAGAAGAUCUCGGCAUUUGUUGAUCACCACCUGAAACCGCUCGUCUCAGUAGUACCAUCUUAUGUGAAGGAUACGAAUGACUUUCUGAAGAAGCUCCGUGACAUCAGUACGCUCCCUAGCGGCGCAAUAAUGGUGACCAUGGAUGUAGUGGGAUUAUAUCCCCAUAUACCUCAUGAUGAGGGACUGCAAUCUAUCAGGGAGGCUCUCAACAAUCGAGAGAACCCGGAGAUACCCACAGAGACAAUUGUAGACCUGGCAGAGUUAGUGCUUAGGAAUAACAACUUUGAAUUUAAUGAAAACCAUUAUCUUCAGACUUUGGGGACGGCUAUUGGUACGAAAAUGGCACCGUCUUAUGCGAAUUUGUUUAUGGAUAGACUGGAGAGAGGGUUGUUAUCCCAGGCGCAGGUAAAACCCUACAUCUGGUUACGAUACAUCGAUGACGUUUUCAUGGUGUGGACGGGGACCGAGCUUGAGCUGCUGGAGUUUUUGAAUUAUAUCAAUGAAGCCCAUGACACGAUUAAGUUCACUUGGGACUGGUCUAGAGAGAGGAUUAAUUACCUGGAUGUUCAGGUAAUAAAUAACAAUGGAAGAAUAGAGACUGAUUUGUACAUAAAGCCGACGGAUAAACACCAGUAUCUGUACCACACUUCGUGUCAUCCCCGGAUGUGUAAGGAAAGCAUACCGUAUGCCCAGGCUUUGAGACUUCGAAGAAUAUGUUCUAGGCUGGAUUGGUUUAAUCACAGGGCUGCUGAUCUAUGUAGGUUUCUUGUAGCCAGGGGAUAUAAAAAAGCAUUUGUUUUGAAGCAAAUUAGGAGAGCGAGAUUGAAAACAAGAGAGGAAACAUUGGCACCACGCCCUAGGAAUGCUACUAACAGAGUGCCAAUGGUAGUGACAUACCAUCCAAGUCUUCCUAACAUUGGUAGUAUCCUACGAGAACUUCAGCCGCUCUUGCAUUGCUCAGAAAAAUGCAGGAAAGCCAUCAAAGACGUACCCUUCAUGGCAUUUCGAAGACCCAAGAGCCUGGGGGACUACUUAGUACACGCUAAACUUAGGCCGUCAACGCGUCUGGAGCGGAGCUCCAAGGGGACAGUGGUGUGUGGUAACAGACGAUGCCAGGUCUGUAAGUACCUGGAACCGGGAGAAAGGUUUACCUCUUACAGAACUGGAAAGAGCUAUACAAUUAACUACGAACUGGACUGUAAUAGUAGUAAUGUUGUCUACUUGCUGUCCUGUAAGGUUUGUCAUGCGCAGUACGUUGGGUCAACAACAACAAAAUUUAGGCUUAGGUUUAACAAUCAUAAGGCCCGUUUUAGAGCGCAUUCAGGGCUUUCUUUUGAGGGUAGAAACAAGGAUGAUCUUUUGUAUAGACAUUUUUUUGGCCCGGGACACCAUGGUCUUGAGGAUGUCAGUAUACAGUUAAUUGACAGAGUGUCCGGGGAAGAAUCAGCUCUCCGGGAUAAAGAAGGCCAGUGGGCCUAUAGGUUGAACUGUAUUCAGCCUCAGGGCUUGAAUAUAAGCGACUUUUUUUACAGCCAGAAUAGGUCGACUAGGUCUCGCGUCCGGUAA